CCUUCUCGGAAACUGGGAAGUCACUCCCUCUCUCCUCCCUUUGCGAGGGUCUGAACUCUAGUGUUUCUGCCUGCGUGUGUGUCGCUACUGGCCGGACUCAUGGCUUUGCCGCUGAGAUUCGACGGGCGGGUGGUACUGGUCACCGGCGCGGGGGGAGGACUGGGCCAAGCCUAUGCCCUGGCUUUUGCAAAAAGAGGUGCAUCAGUUGUUGUGAAUGAUUUAGGAGGGGACCACAGGGGAAUUGGUAAAGGCUCCUCAGCUGCUGAUAAAGUUGUUGCAGAAAUAAGAAGAAAAGGUGGAAAAGCAGUAGCCAACUAUGAUUCAGUGGAAGCAGGAGAGAAGAUUGUCAAGACAGCCCUGGAUGCUUUUGGGAGAAUAGAUAUUGUGGUCAACAAUGCUGGAAUUCUGAGGGACCGUACCUUUGGUAGAAUAAGUGAUGAAGACUGGGAUAUCAUCCAUAGAGUUCAUUUGUGGGGCUCGUUCCAAGUGACCCGGGCAGCUUGGGAUCACAUGAAGAAACAGAACUUUGGAAGGAUCAUUAUGACUUCAUCGGCUUCAGGAAUAUAUGGCAACUUUGGCCAGGCAAAUUACAGUGCUGCAAAAUUGGGUCUUCUGGGCCUUGCAAAUACUCUUGCAAUUGAAGGCAAGAAAAGCAACAUCCAUUGUAACACUGUUGCCCCUACUGCUGGAUCACGAUUGACUCAGAAUAUUUUGCCAGUAGUGGAUGAAAACAACAAAUACUAUCUUACAGAGUUUCUAGGGUCAGAAAUCCAGAGUGGCUUAGCUGGAAAGUUCCGCUUCUGUGUCUCUAAUGAGGUUUCAAUGAAGAUGUUUGCUGAGACUCCAGUCAUUGGACAGCUUGGCUGGGUUGGAGGCUCAGCUUUCAAGCUCAUGCAUGUCCACAGCAGUUGGCAAGAGGCCUCCAUUGCUUCUGAGUUGUUGUUUGGAGGCCUCAGUUUCUCACAAAUACGCUGGGAGCGGACCCUCGGAGCCUGUGUAAGACAGAAGAAUCAGCCAAUGACUCCGGAGGCGGUGAAGGCUAACUGGCAGAAGAUCUGUGACUUUGAUAAUGCCAGCAAGCCUCAGAGAAUUCAAGGUAAAGAGGCCCAGGCCGGGUCAGUCCUGGUUGGAGGAGGAUGGAUUGGAAAAUUACGCUGGGAGCGGACCCUCGGAGCCUGUGUAAGACAGAAGAAUCAGCCAAUGACUCCGGAGGCGGUGAAGGCUAACUGGCAGAAGAUCUGUGACUUUGAUAAUGCCAGCAAGCCUCAGAGAAUUCAAGAAUCAGUUGGCAAUAUAAUUGGAGCCCUGAGUCAAAUAGAAUCAGAUGGAGGAAUUUCGACAAAUGAUACCAGUCAUGCGGCAUCAACAGCCACAUCAGGAUUUGCUAGAGCCAUCGGCUACAAACUUCCUCCAUUUUCUUCUACUUACACGGAACUGGAAGCUAUUAUGUAUGCCCUUGGAGUGGGAGCAUCGCCCAAGGAUCCAGAAGAUUUGAAAUUUAUUUAUGAAGGAAGCUCUGAUUUCUCCUGUUUGCCUACCUUUGGAGUUAUUAUAGCACAGAAAUCCAUCAUGGGUGGAGGAUUAGCAGAGCUUCCUGGGCUUUCAAUCAACUUUGCAAAGGUCUUUAACACAGUCUUUUUAUUUAUCUUUCUAUUUAUUUAUUUAUUUAUUUUACUUUUCAUUUUAGGAAAAUUAAGAUGUGAAGCAGUUGUUGCUGAUAUCCUGGAUAAAGGAUCCGGUUUAGUAAUUCUUGUGGAUGUUUAUUCUUACUCUGAGAGUGAGCUUAUGUGUUAUAAUCAGUUCUCUGUCUUCCUUGUUGGCUCUGGAGGCACUGGUGGAAAACGAACAUCGGAUAAAGUGAAGGCGGCUGUAGCCAUACCUAAUAGACCUCCUGAUGCUGUGCUUACAGACACCACCUCACUUAAUCAGGCUGCUCUGUACCGCCUCAGUGGAGACUGGAAUCCCUUACAUGUUGAUCCUGACUUCGCUAGCUUAGCAGGCUUUGACAAACCCAUAUUACAUGGCUUAUGUACAUUCGGAUUUUCUGCCAGGCAUAUUUUAAGGCAGUUUGCAGAUACCGAUGUGUCAAGAUUUAAGGCAAUUAAGGUUCGUUUUGCAAAACCGGUAUAUCCAGGACAAACUCUACAAACUGAGAUGUGGAAGGAAGGAAAUAGAAUCCAUUUCCAAACCAAGAUCCAGGAAACUGGAGACAUUGUCAUUUCAAAUGCCUAUGUGGAUCUUGUGCCAACAUCAGGUGUUUUAGCUAAGACACCCUCUGAGGGUGGAGAGCUUCAGAGCACCCUUAUAUUUGAGGAAAUAGGUCGCCGCCUUAAGACUGUUGGGCACGAGAUGGUAAAGAAAGUCAGUGGUGUGUUUGAGUGGCAUAUCACUAAAGGUGGAAAUAUUGGAGCUAAGUGGACUAUUGACCUGAAAAAUGAUUCUGGAAAAGUGUAUCAGGGCCCUGCAAAAGGCUCUGCUGAUACAACCUUCAUACUUUCGGAUGAAGAUUUCAUGGAGGUAGUCUUGGGCAAGCUCGACCCUCAGAAGGCAUUCUUUAGUGGCAGACUGAAGGCCAGAGGGAACAUCAUGCUGAGCCAGAAGCUUCAGAUGAUUCUGAAAGAGCAUGCCAAGCUCUGAAGGACACACAUUAUUAAUAAAAAGAGAAAAAUACUCUCGUCACCCAAAUAUGUGAAAGUGAUCAAAACUAAGAUGUAGGGAAAUUGCUUCGCAUUUCCAGAUGUCAGAUAAUUUUGCAGAUUUUCAUACUGUACUAAUUUUUCACAUUAUCUUUAUUUUUACAAGGAACUGUAAGCUGGCACAUAAUUAUCUUUCUGCUUCUUAGAUCUCUAUCUUCAUAAUAUAAAAUUUUCACCCAGGACCAGUCUCUUUAGACUUGUGACAGCAUUUGUAAAUUAAAAGGAAAAUUAAAUGGGUAAAGGCUACUUGGA